CCGGGUCAUCAGGUACCGGAUUGUCUGGCUCGACAGCGGGCAUCGGGUCAUCAGGUAUGACAGCGGACACUAGGUCACCAGGCAUCAGGUCAUUUGGCUUGCCAGCGGGCACCGCGUCAUCUGGCAAGGCAGUGGGCACCGAGUCACCAGGUACGACAGCGGGCUCUGAGUCAAUUGGCACGACAGCGGGCACCGGAUCAGGUACCGGAUCAUCUGGAUCAACAGUGGGCAUCGAGUCAACUGGCCUAAUAGGAUCGUCAGGCUGGAUCAGUUCAUCAUGCUGCUGGGUAGAGGCAUUAGGCCGAGUAGAGGCUUCAGGCCGAGUAGAGGCAUCAGGCCGAGUAGAGGCAUCAGGCCGAGUAGAGGCUUCAGGCUGAAGAGAGGCAUCAGGCCGAGUACAGGCAUCAGGCCGAGUAGAGGCUUCAGGCCGCGCCGAGUACAGGCAUCAGGCCGAGUACAGGCAUCAGGCCGAGUAGAGGCUUCGAGUAGAGGGCCAGGCCGAGUAGAGGCUUCAGGCCGAGUAGAGGCAUCAGGCUGCGUACAGGCAUCAGUCUGAACCACGGAAGGCAGGCUCACCGGUUUGGAUACUGGCA